GUGAUUGUAAAUGCUACCUUUUCAGUAUAAAUAUCGUAUUGAAGACCAAACUUAUUAGGGUUUCGGUUUCAUUUCUCCAAGAAAAAAAAAAUGAGAGGUUGUUUGGGUCGUGGUUUUGCGGUUGUGGUCUUGCUUGCUUUGGUUUUCAAUGGGGUAGUUUUAGGAGAUAAGAGUAAGAACGUGAAAGGUGCUGAAGAUGAUAAGCACUUGCUUUUUCAUAAGCCUCUCCCUCGGCCUCUUCCUCGCAUUGGUAGAGGAGGUUUAGGGCCGCAUGGGAUAUUUAGGAAGGGUUUUAAGCAUGGUGGACUUGGUGGAGGUUUUGGUGGUGGUGGCGGCCUAGGAGGUGGAGCUGGUGGGGGUUUGGGAGGUGGAGAUGGACUUGGUGGUGGAGGUGGGCUUGGUGGGGGUGGCGGUUUAGGUGGCGGAGGUGGUCUUGGAGGUGGUGCUGGAGGUGGGCUUGGUGGCGGUGGAGGAUUAGGUCAUUAUGGUGGUCUUGGAGGGGGUGCUGGAGGUGGUCUUGGUGGUGGUGGAGGAUUAGGCCAUCAUGGUGGUCUUGGCGGAGGAGCCGGAGGUGGUCUUGGUGGUGGUGGAGGAUUAGGUCAUCAUGGUGGUCUUGGUGGAGGAGCUGGAGGUGGCCUUGGUGGAGGAGCCGGAGGUGGUCUUGGAGGUGGUGCCGGUGGUGGACUUGGUGGAGGUGGUGGUCUAGGUGGGGGAGGCGGUUUAGGUGGAGGAGGCGGUGGCGGUCUAGGCGGUGGUGCCGGCGGUGGAGCUGGAGGAGGUUUCGGAGCCGGAGGUGGAGGUGGGCUUGGUGGUGGAGCCGGUGGAGGUGGAGGGUUUGGCGGAGGUGGUGGGGGAGGACUUGGAGGAGGUGCCGGUGGUGGAUUUGGAGCUGGUGGAGGUGUAGGUGGAGGAGCAGGUGGUGGAGGUGGCUUUGGUGGCGGAGGAGGAGGCGGCCUUGGAGGUGGAGGAGGAUUUGGUGGUGGUGCGGGUGGAGGUUUUGGUGGUGGAGCCGGUGGCGGUUUUGGAGGCGGUGGAGGUUUUGGUGGUGGCGGUGGCCAUUAA